AUGCCUAGCCAAGCCUUAGCCCCUGUGGCGAUCGAGGGGAGGAGCAUGGCAAUUUUAUAUGGCAGCGAGACUGGCAAUGCCGAAGAAAUUGCAGUAGAGCUGGGCAAGAUGGCCCAGAGACUGCAUUUCCAAACUACAGUUGAUGAGAUGGACGGGUUCAAAUUGGCUGAUGUGCUGCGCUAUUCACUUGUUGUCUUUGUCACAUCGACGACGGGGCAGGGAGAUAUGCCCAAGAACACGCGGAAGUUCUGGAAGAACCUCCGACGUGAAAAGCUCAAUAAUACUAACUGCCUGCGCUCUCUGAGUUUCACCAUCUUUGGACUUGGCGACAGUGCUUAUUCCAAGUUUAACUGGGCAGCAAGGAAACUGAGAGCAAGGCUGCUGCAACUGGGGGCUUCUGAGUUCUUCCGCGCCGGGGAAGGAGAUGAGCGCCAUGACAACGGAAUUGACAGCAUCUACCUGCCCUGGUCCAAGGAGUUCAAGGAAUAUAUAAUGAUCAAUUACCCACUUCCAGAGUCGGUUGCCCCGAUACCUGACGACACCCAACUCCCUUCCAAAUACCCCAUCCGACUGCUUGCAGACAUGGACAUCAACACCCCCAACAACAUCGCCGCGAGCGAUGGACCACUGACAGACGAUGACCAGCGCUGGCUGGCUACGCGAACCAAAAGCGCCGCUCGCUCUCAUGUCGACACGCCUACGCCGCCUGAGGAGCAAGACGACAUAUGGGAGAGGACCCAGAAACAGAGCGUCGAUGUGUUGGACCACGAUAACGUUCUCAAGGACCACCCGGAGAAGUACUUGCUGAAGCAGCAGUCUGCCAAAAAGCCCAGGUUACCGCCAUCGGACAUGCUCCCCAUUCCCGAUUCAUACGAAGGCUUUUUGAUCCGUAAUGAGCGAGUGACACCAACAGAUCACUGGCAGGAUGUCAGGCACCUGGUCCUGGACGUCGAUCUUCCUCACAAACUCUGGGACCAAGCGAGUCGUGCUGUCGGCAAUUUAACCGUCACCAUUUUCCCCAAGAACUAUCCUGACGAUGUCGAUGAAUUAAUACGUCUGAUGGACUGGCAAGACGUUGCCGACAGGCCACUGAGAAUACCAUAUCGGCCGAGAAAUCUCGUCACUAAGGAAUGUCCCACGCUGCGAGACCUUCUGCUACAUAACCUAGACAUCACAGCCAUUCCAAAGCGGAAUUUCAUCAGGGAAUUAAGUUUUUAUGCCAGUGACGAGAGAGAAAAAGAACGGCUUCGGGAACUGACGCUUCCUGGGAACGAGCAAGAGUUCUACGAUUACACGUGUCGGCCCCGCCGUACCAUUUUGGAACUCCUGGGCGAUUUCAGGAGCGUCAAGAUACCCUGGGGUGCAGUCCUUGAUCUCUUCCCACUCAUUCGAGGCCGUGAGUUCAGCGUUUGCAAUGGCGGCACCUCGUUUGAGACGGCCAGCGAGCCCAACAGGAUCCGACUGGAACUUCUUGUAGCCUUGGUCGAGUACAAGACAAUCAUCCGCAAACCUCGCCAAGGCCUUUGUUCACGCUAUCUCAAACAUCUCCCCACAGGGACCAGGCUGCGUGUAUUGCUCAAGGCAGGGAGCGCCAUUUCUCUAGUCCCUAACAAGGAAUCGGCCAAAAGACCGGUGAUUGCCAUCGCCACUGGCACCGGUAUCGCACCAAUUCGUGCCAUCAUCCAGGAGAGGGACUCGUAUCCAUCUCCUGGAGAUACCCUUCUUUUCUUUGGCUGCCGGAACCGCAUGGCUGAUUUUCAUUUCGAAAAGGAAUGGGAAGUAAAGCCGAACUUGCGUGUUUUUCCGGCUUUUUCGCGCGAUAACAUUGAGCCGGACCCGGCUAGCACUCAGUCUAUCGCUGCUAGCAGCAAGACGACGAUAAUCACCAAUGGGACCCUUCCUACCCUUCAGCUCGAUGCCCACAAGAACUACGUGCAGCACUUGAUCCGGAAACACGCCGAUCUUGUUGGUCACUUCAUGCGCCAGCGGCCCAUCAUCUGCGUAUGCGGCUCUGCGGGAAACAUGCCCAAGGCUGUGCGAGCUGCUUUGAUUGAUGCAAUGAUCAUCAGUGGCGUCGUCUCCAACUGUGAUGAGGGUGACAAGAUGUUGAGAAACCACGAAAUGGUUACGUACUGGGAGGAGACUUGGUAA